AUGGCCGCCGACGUCUUCAUGUGCUCCCCGCGCCGGCCCAGCAGCCGGGGCCGCCCGGUGCUGCUCAAACCCCCGGUGCCCGAGGACGACGACGACGACUCGGACACGGAUGAGCCGUCCCCGCCGCCCGCCUCCGGGGCGGCCCCCGUGGCCCGGGCCCCCGCGAGCGCCAGCGCCGCGCCGCCGCCGCCCUGGGCCGCGCCGGGCCCACGCGAGGAGCCGCCGCGCCGCCAGCAGAUCAUCCACAGCGGCCACUUCAUGGUGUCGUCGCCGCACCGCGAGCACCCGCCCAAGAAGGGCUACGACUUCGACACGGUCAACAAGCAGACGUGCCAGACCUACAGCUUCGGCAAGACCAGCUCCUGCCACCUGUCCAUCGACGCCUCGCUCACCAAGCUCUUCGAGUGCAUGACCCUGGCCUACAGUGGGAAGUUGGUGUCUCCCAAGUGGAAGAAUUUCAAGGGCCUGAAGCUCCAGUGGAGAGACAAGAUCCGGCUCAAUAACGCCAUCUGGCGGGCGUGGUACAUGCAGUAUUUGGAGAAGAGAAAAAAUCCCGUGUGCCACUUCGUCACUCCCCUAGACGGCUCUGUGGAAGUGGACGAGCAUCGCCGGCCAGAGGCCAUCACCACAGAAGGGAAGUACUGGAGAAGCCGCAUUGAGAUCGUGAUCCGGGAAUAUCACAAGUGGAGAACCUACUUCAAGAAAAGGUUACAGCAGCACAAGGAUGAGGACCUCUCCAGCUUGGCCCAGGAAGAUGACAUGCUUUAUUGGCACAAACAUCGGGAUGGAUGGAAGACCCCAGUCCCGAUGGAAGAGGACCCACUGCUGGACACAGACAUGCUCAUGUCAGAAUUCAGCGACACACUUUUCUCCACACUCUCCUCACACCCACCGGUGGCCUGGCCCAACCCACGGGAAAUAGCACAUCUGGGAAAUGCAGACAUGAUCCAGCCGGGGCUGAUUCCUUUGCAGCCCAACCUGGACUUCAUGGACACGUUUGAACCCUUCCAAGAACUCUUCUCUUCCAGCCGCUCCCUUUUUGGCUCCAUGCUGUCUGCACCUGCCUCAACAUCUGCACCAGAUCCCAACAGCCCACCUGCUCAGGAGAGCAUCCUGUCCACCACCUCUCUCCCCACCGUGAGCCUCCCCGACAGUCUCAUCGCAUCCCCCGCAGCCACGGCCCUGGACCCCACAGAGAGGCCGGGCUGUGAACGCACUUCCCAGCCCGAGAACCCCUUUAUCCAGCCUGCAGACUUUGGUCCCUCCACGCCCCCACUGAGUGUCCCACAGCCUUUCCUCCCCGUGUUCACCAUGCCUAUGCUCUCGCCCAGCCCCACCCCGAUGCCAGCUCCCCCUGCUGUGCCACUCGCCCCUCCUGCCACCCCCCUGAACCCCCCAACCUCACCCACCUUCCUGCAGCCACAGAAGUUUUCUGGAGCCAACAAGCCCCCUGCUGUCAUUACCCACACAGCUUCCACCACUCUCACGCACGAUGCCUCUGCUACCACCUUCAGCCAGAGCCAAGGCCUUAUCAUCACCACUCACCACCCCACCCCCUCAGCAUCCCCCUGUGGCCUGACACUGUCUCCAGCCACUCAGCAGCCAGCUGUGGGCCCUCCGCAGCCCCGUUUAACUUUUGUGCAUCCCAAACCUGUAUCCGGGACUGGAGGGAGGCCCAAGCAGCCCCCCAAAAUAGUGCCUGCUCCCAAACCAGAGCCCGUGUCCUUGGUAUUGAAGAAUGCUUGCAUUGCCCAAGCUGCCUUCUCAGGACGGCCACAAGCAGUGAUCAUGGCAAGCCCUAUGAAGAGAGAAGGGAUGUUGGCUUCAACCGUGCCCCAGUCCAAUGUGGUCAUCACGCCUGCUCCCAUCGCCAGGGCUCCUGGAGUCCCAGAGUUCCACAGCAGCAUCCUGGUGACAGACCUGGGCCAUGUCACAAGCAGCCAGCCUGGCCCCAUCUCCCGGCUCUUCUCUGCAAGCUCAGUGCAAGACUCCCUAGUGAAGGGCGAGCAGGCCCCACUGCACGGGGGCAGUCCCCAAGGCGCUGUUGUGGGCUCUGGUCGUGACGGCCCAAACUCCGGGCAGGCCUCGCCAUGUGCUUCAGAACACAGCCCCAGUCCUCAGUCUCCCCAGAACAGCUGCUCAGGGAAAUACUCUGCAGAUUCCAAAAAUGUGGCUGUGUUAAAGAACCGGCAGAUGAAGCACAUUUCAGCCGAGCAAAAGAGGCGCUUCAACAUCAAGAUGGGCUUUGACACCCUGAACAGUUUGAUCUCUAAUAAUUCCAAGCUGACCAGCCAUGCCAUCACGCUGCAGAAGACAGUGGAGUACAUCACCAAGCUGCAGCAGGAGCGCAGCCAGAUGCAGGAGGAGGCGCGGCGACUGCGGGACGAGAUCGAGGAGCUCAACGCCACCAUCAUCUCCUGCCAGCAGCUGCUCCCUGCCACAGGAGUCCCCGUCACCCGGCACCAGUUUGAUCACAUGACAGACAUGUUUGAUGAAUAUGUGAAGAGCCGGACCCUGCAGAAUUGGAAGUUCUGGAUUUUCAGUAUCAUCAUCAAGCCGCUGUUCGAGUCCUUCAAGGGGAUGGUGUCCACCAGCAGCCUGGAGGAACUGAACCGGACGGCGCUGUCCUGGCUGGACGAGCACUGCUCCUUGCCCAUCCUCCGGCCGAUGGUGCUGAGCACCCUCCGGCAUCUGAGCACCACCACCUCCAUCCUGACAGACCCGUCCCAGCUGCCAAAGCAGGCCGCGGAGGCUGUCACCAGACGUGGCAAGAGAUCCGGGGAGUCUUAG